AUACCCACGGGUCCAACUGCCAUCCCUAGGUAUGCCAGCCCUUAGCUACGCCCAUGGAGUAGAGAAAAAGUGAAAACGGCGAUGUUGGCCGUCCCAUUUUGUAAGCUCCCCUUCCCCGUCUGGCCGUCUCGACUGCCCCAGUCCUUUCUCAGAUCCAUGUCUACCCAGAAUCUGCUAACUGGCGCGUGCACGAGCUCCGCCCCGGCCCCGUCCGAGGCGGAGGAAGGGGACAGGACGCCUUUGGCUGACGCUGCGAACGCGGCGGAAGAGCUGUACCGCCUCCGUGACACCUUUUUCCCCCGGGACCCUUCCGAGAAAGUCGCCGCACUCCGCGCCCGCGCCGACGCCGCCCUCGCGCUCCUCGACGCCUUCCCGUCCGAACAAAAGAAGUCUCGACAACUGCGUGGUGUUUAUGAAUUUUUGAGGGGAAAAAUACUGGAUGUCUUUCCUGAUUAUCAUAAGGAGGCUGAAGAUCAUUUAUCCAAAGCAGUAAAGUUGAACCCAUCUCUUGUAGAUGCAUGGUUAUGUUUGGGUAACUGCAUUUGGAAGAAGGGGGAUCUAUCUGCAGCAAAGAAUUGUUUUUCAUUAGCACUAAGCAAGGGUUCAGAUAAGAAAAUACUGUGCCAGAUCUCCAUGCUUGAAAGAAGUAUGGCUCAAGGUAGUGUAGACCAGGCGCUUUUAGUAGAAGAGAGCAUUAAGCAUGCAAAAGAAGCUAUUAUGCUGGAUAUUAGAGAUGGCAAUUCUUGGUAUAAUAUGGGCAAUGCUUAUCUCACUAGCUUCUUUGUGGGAGGAGCCUGGGAUCACACUAAGCUUCAUCAUUCAGUGAAAGCAUAUCAAAAUGCUGAGAAGGAUAAAACUAUGAAUUUAAAUCCAGACCUCUACUAUAAUUGGGCCACAGCAGACAAAUAUUUAGAGAAUUAUGAAAGGGCCCUUCGUGGUUUUGAAGUUGCAGCUUUAAAAGAUCCCGGGCUUGGUGCUAAUACAGAAGUUCAGAAGAUCAUCAGUCUCCUUGAUAAGCUUGAUAAUGCAAUGAAGGGACAAUUACGAUCCAAAAGAUUAGCAUCAUUUGUGUCAUCCUUGAGUGGAGUCAAAUUGAAAUCAUCGCACAAGAAAGCCACCAUAAGCACUCUAUCAGUGGGUUUGAACAAAGCCGUUGCUGUUUUGGGAAAAGUAAUUCUGUUCAUAAGACAUGACAAUGUUGCUCCGCUGUAUUAUUUAAUAUGUGACUUGGAACGGUCAUAUUUUAUACUGUCAGUGUAUGGGCUACAUAAUGAUGCAUCUACUUCUUCGCUUAGGAGUACGCAGGGGAGAGACAAGUGGAUGAGAGGAACAGGAGAGAGAUCGCAAGGCGUAGGGGGAAGGGCAAUCAUCGUCACCGGCCUAGCUGUGAUGAUCAGCCAGGACGAUCGAAGAUUAAAGACGGUGAUCAAGUGGUAUUAUUUGAACCAUACUACCGAAUCCUUGAUGCAUCAUGUAAAGACAAGGUAAACCUUUGGUAUCAUGAAUUCUACCUCCAAUCACACCAUCACCUCAGCACUAUCAGUUCAAAUCAAUACGAGUGGACUUUCCAGAACAAAUUCUAGUUAACGAGAGAGUUCCAGCACCUCAUCAUGUUGCACGGGCAUCAAUCCAUGCACACAACAAAUCUUGACCGGUGAAAAUUUGGUAUUGUGAUUUAGUUGGUAGCCAGUACUUAUUUUGUUUUUGAUGUUUAUUAGACUUAUUACAGGAAAACCAUUCUGCAAGUUUUUAUCAGGGUACUGUGUGGCGUCAAUACCGUGAGCAACUGCCAGCUGGGCAUAUCAUGUGUACUCGCGUAAAUGUGUAGUGACAUGUUACCCUAUGGCUCAAAAUGUGUAAGGAAGACUUGGGAACAUAUUAACCAUCUCAUUUCUCCAAUUUUCGUUAGUUGUUUUCAUCAACCUUA